GUUGAAAAAAAAAAAAAAAUCCUGAAAGAGGGGCAAGAGAGAGAGAGAGAGUUUGGGUUGAAUCUGAAAUUUUUUAUUAAUUUUUGUCUCAGUCAUUGGUGAUCACUCCAAACCAGUUGAUCAUUUUGAUUAAUAUAUAUUUUUGGUUCAAGUGUAUACUUGAUUUGAAGAGCCAGAUAACGCAAUAAUUAAAAAAAAGAAAAAACAACAACAAUCUGAUAAUGCCUUAUCGAGCCAAGUUGAUGUUCAGUCAAACACUUUUAGCUCAUUUGAGUCCAGGAUUAUGUCGAUCCAAUGCUGUUAAAACAUCUGUUUUAAAAUUUCAUCGUAAUUUUUCAAUCAGCACUAGACGAGAAAUGAGGUUUGUACAAUUUGUGAAUAAAAAUGGAGGCCCACAACAUUUGGGUGUUCAACUCAAGGCCGGUGGAGAUAUCAUUGCUAUUUCAGCAAUUGAUUCAAGAAUUCCAAAUACAUUGAAAAAAUUUUUAGAAGGUGGUGAUGUACUUACUAAUAAAGCUAGAAGGAAUGGUGAUACUGAUUUUGGUGAUAUUAUUAAGAGGAUAAUUGCUGAAGGUAGAAGUGUCAUACCAGAGGCUGAUGUUAAUUUUUUGGCUCCAAUAACAAAAAUGGAUAAAUUGGCAUGUGUUGGACUAAAUUACAGUGGUCACUGUGAAGAACAAGGUGUUGAACCACCAAAAAGUCCAGUUAUAUUUUCAAAAUUUCCAAGUAAUAUUGUUGGACCAACUGACAAUGUUAUACUACCUUCAAUAUCAGAUAAAGUUGAUUGGGAAGCUGAGCUUGCAAUUGUCAUUGGAAAAACUUGUAAAGGUUUAAACAAUCAUGAGGCUGAAGAUUGUAUUUUUGGUUACACUGUUGCUCAGGAUAUAUCAGCACGUGAUUGGCAAAAAGGAAAAAAAAAUGGAGGUCAAUUUCUUCUUGGUAAAGCUAUGGAUACAUUUUGUCCACUUGGUCCAGCUGUUAUUACUAAAGAAGCUGUUUGUGAUAUUAAUAAUCUCACUGUCAAAACAUGGGUCAAUGGUGAAAUCAAACAAAAUGGAAACACAAGCGAAUUAAUAUUUAAACCACGUGAUAUUGUUGCUUAUCUUUCACAAUUCAUGACUCUUUUACCUGGGGAUGUCAUUUUAACUGGUACACCAGGUGGUGUUGGAUUUGCUAGAAAUCCACCAGAAUUUCUCAAGAAAGGAGAUGUUCUUGAAACUGAAAUUGAAUCAAUUGGUCGUCUUAAAAAUAACAUUGUGUAAUCAAUCUGCCAUUUAAAAAAGAU